GUGAAUUCCAUCCAGACGACUGCCGGCUCUGGGCUUAGUCUUUUGGCGCUCAGUCUACAGAGUCGAGCGGUCGUGAAAGAUGUGGCGGAAUGGCAACGGAAUAGAACCAGAAAUAGAAGCCGAAAUAGAUCCCGAAAUAGAAAUAGAUAUACAUCGAAACAAUUAGCAAGUUAACGUGUCAAGGCUAAAGCUGAGAUUGGAAAAAGACAGCAUUUCUGAAGGAAGAUCAUGUGCUGGUGCGCACGUGUCUAUUGGACUGUUCUACAGAAUCUUUUUGCCAGAUUCUACAACAAUCUGACGGAGCAGCCAUGUAGCUACUAUCCACAGCGCUGCUGCAGCUGCUGUGGCAGCUAUCGACGACAGGCGAGUGACGUCGACGUCGACGUUGAUGUCGAUGUCGACGAGACGGACAAACGGGUUUCCGAAUCGUACAUUGAUGACGAUCAGCAGCGACCACAACAUGAUUAUGUCAUUGUUGAUGAUGCCGAUGCAAACUAUGUGGAGAUCGAGCAGCGACAGAUUGAAACGGAAUCCUACUACUUUACGGUUGAUCGUGUCAUGGCGGAGCGCAUGUUGGCGGAUCGCGAGGAUGGCGCCUGUUUGGUGCGUCCCUUCAAGGCGACAGAUCUCUGCAUCAAAUACAUUGUGAGCAUAUAUGCUGAUCAGCAAUAUUAUCACCUGUUUGUGCGCCAAAUCGAUGGCCGGCAACGUUAUGGAAUUGGACAGUUCAAGCCGCAUGAACGUCACUUCCCCUCACCCUGCCACAUCAUCGAGUUCUACGCGGAACAUGCACUUCUCUGCACCAACAAACAACGUAGUCAGAGCAUCUUUUUAAGGCCCAUAAGCUGUGCCUAACUGCAGCAGCAGAAGAAGACACGAAGUUCUUGGAUUAGGGUAUCGUUUAUUGGCUUUAAGUGUAAGAUAAAUUAUGUACAAAUUAUUUGACUUAAGGUUAUUAGAGUAAGGUGAUUAGGUGGCCACAACGGCCUUGAAGGCGCACUGAUUAUUCUGCAUGAGGGCGGGCCAAAGGAAGGCCUUGAUCAGAUCCGAGCGGCGAUCCGACUGCGGAUGACGUUCGUGUUUCUCCGGACGCAGAAAGCCUUUAAGAAAUCGAAUAGGUGUAGUUAUUAUUAGUAUAAAAGGCAAACUCGACUGUGAAAACAGAAUAUUACAAAUGAAAACAGAAAUUAUACAAAUAUUAUUAAAAAGAAAUCGCACCAAA